AUGGCUGAUACUGAAGAUCCUUCUGAUGGUCUCACUGGAAAGGAUAUAUUUGGAAAUGGUGAUGGUUUGACCUAUAAUGACCUUAUUAUUCUGCCUGGGUACAUUGAUUUCACAGCUGAUGAGGUAGAUUUAACUUCUUCUUUGACUAAGAAAAUUUCCCUUAAAGCGCCAUUGGUGUCAUCCCCGAUGGACACUGUUACUGAGUCUGAUAUGGCCAUAGCAAUGGCUCUUUGUGGUGGAAUUGGUAUUAUUCAUCACAAUUGCACCCCAGAAUACCAGGCCAAUGAAGUUCACAAAGUUAAAAAUUAUAAGCAUGGAUUCAUAAGGGAUCCUGUUGUGCUUUCUCCGAAGCACACUGUUGCAGAUGUGUUCGAAGCGAAGAAGAAACAUGGAUUUUGUGGUUUUCCAAUCACCGAAAAUGGUAAACUUGGAGGUAAGCUGUGUGGUAUUCUAACAUCCAGAGAUAUAGACUUUCUUGAAGGUACAAACGGUAAAGAAAUAAGUGUAGAGAAAGUUAUGACAAAGCUAGAACAUAUUGUGAGUGCAGAAUCAGGAGUUACUUUGAAGAAAGCUAAUCAAAUUUUAGAGGAAUCUAAAAAAGGCAAAUUACCUAUCGUAAAUGCUAAUGGCGAGCUUGUAGCAUUGAUUGCUCGCACUGACCUGAAAAAGUCAAGAGACUACCCUCAUGCUUCAAAAGAUGAAAAUAAGCAACUUUUAGUCGGUGCCGCUAUUGGUACACGUGUUGAAGAUCAGAAACGCUUGGAAGUUUUAGUUGCAGCUGGUGUGGAUGUUGUAGUUCUGGACUCAUCUCAAGGAAAUUCAAUUUUUCAAAUUGAAAUGAUACACCAUAUAAAGGCGAAAUAUCCUGAUUUACAAGUGAUAGGUGGAAAUGUCGUAACUGUUGCUCAAGCCAAGAAUUUAAUUGAUGCUGGUGUUGAUGGGUUGAGGGUUGGCAUGGGUAGUGGUUCUAUAUGUAUCACUCAAGAAGUAAUGGCAGUAGGAAGACCCCAGGCUACUGCCGUUUAUAAGGUGGCCGAGUAUGCCCAAAGGUUUGGAGUUCCAGUGAUUGCUGACGGGGGCAUUCAGUUUAUUGGACAUGUGAUAAAAGCAUUAGCGCUUGGCGCAUCCACUGUAAUGAUGGGCUCAAUGUUAGCUGGUACUUCUGAAGCACCUGGAGAAUAUUUUUAUUCGGAUGGUGUUAGGUUGAAGAAGUAUCGUGGUAUGGGCAGUUUGGAAGCCAUGAACCGAAAAGAUGCCUCAGGAAGUGCCAUGAACAGAUACUUUCACAGUGAAGUGGACAAAGUAAAAGUUGCUCAAGGUGUUAGUGGGGCAAUAGUAGACAAAGGUUCCGUUUUACAAUUUUUACCGUACAUUAAAACUGGAAUCAGGCAUAGUUGUCAAGAUAUUGGAACUCGGAGUCUUUCUUCUCUCAGAAAUAUGAUGUAUUCAGGAAAUCUUAAGUUCGAAAGAAGAACACAUUCUGCUCAAAGUGAAGGAAGUGUGCAUAGUUUAUUUUCUUAUGAUAAAUGUUUGUUCUAA